AUGGCUGAGGCCGUGUUGAAAAGUCCCCGUCCUGUCGAGGCGGACCUGAAAAAGCCAGCUAACUGUUCGGAUUUGAACACGCCCGAAAUUAACAAGCUAAUAUGGGAUUCCCUGCAAUCUGACACAUGUUCGAUGGACGUAAAAAUGCAGCGUGUCCAGAGUCGAAUGAUAAAAGAAUUAAACCUCAGAAGGAAGGAACUGAUAAAACCACAGUUGAAUUAUCACUAUCGUGCACUGUGUACCCCAAGUUCUCCGAAAAGUUCAGAUUACCUAUUCGAGGAGGAUGUGGCCAAACACUUGAAAGACAUUGCUAUGUCAACUCGACUUGGUCACAAGGCUACUAGCUAUGGACAUGGAAGAGGCCGUGGUUGGCAUAGAUACCAACCCUAUCCAUAUGCUGAGGCAGCGGGUGUUCAGAAUGUGUCCACGUCAAGUCCGUCUGACAUUCUAUAG